UCAGCUGAAUGACCCUGAACGUUUCCUCCUGGGAGAGAGAUGGAGAAUAGCUUUCAAGCACUUUCACCCUCAUCCCUAUGUCCCACCACCUUUGGAGGGUCCUUGUCUUUCUCCUCCUCGCCGCUGCAGACCACUUCCAGCGGCCGUAUUUCGCUCCCACUUUCACCCAUUUCUUUCCCCCCGUCCCCCAUCUCACUUUCUCCAGCGACAGCAGAGUCCAUCUUCUCCUCCUCCCCUUUCUCACAGUGCACAGCGUCUCAGUGCCUCGAACUACAAAACACAGAGGGCCUCAGCCCUACAAACAUAUGUGACCAGGAUGACCUGACCUGCCUCAGCUGGCUGCAUCAGAGAGGCAACCUGCUGCCACUGCAGCCCCUUCCCAAAAUGACACCACUGCCUCAGCUAGAAGCCUCCACACCUACCCAUCCUCCUCCUGCCUCGUCCAAGCCACCAUACUCCUUCAGUAGUCUGAUUUUCAUGGCAAUAGAAGACUCGCCAGACAAGAGACUUCCAGUUAAAGACAUCUACGAAUGGAUUGUAAACAAGUUCCCCUACUACAGGACAGCCACUGGAGGCUGGAGGAACUCUGUUAGACACAACCUGUCGCUGAGCAAGAGCUUCUGUCGCAUUCAGAGGGACAAGAGCCAGUCCGUGGGGAAGGGAUCGCUGUGGUGUGUUUGUCCUGAGUAUCGGCCGGCGCUCCUCGAGGUGCUUAGGAAGACCCACAGUUAUCACAGCACUAACAGCAAUCUGCUAAACAAGCCUGCACUGUUGGAAGGAGCCGACUAUGUGGUGCCUGCAGUCUGUGACAAUAUUGAAAUCUCAGAUACUCUGUGUCACACGCUCCUCCUCUCCAUGGCCUCACCCGAAACCCUGACCACUGAUGAUCCAAAUUUUGGUGAAAACCCAUCGUGCCCUUUAACACCGGAUCACGAGGAGCUUGUCACCAUGGAGUCGAUUGAAUACCAGCAUGAGGAGAUCUGCGAGGAGAUGGAAAAGGACCCCCUGUCCGACAGCGGCUACAUCGAGUUACACUACUACCAGUCUCAACAGUUCCAGUACCUGGUGCUGCCUGGUGACACCGAGCUGGACCUGGAGACAGUGGAGAUCCUUCAGCUGGAUGCAGAGGCCCAGGAGGCCGCUGGCUCACUGCUGGACCUGGCUGGUGGUGUAUAUUAAUUCUAUAUCCCAAGUCACGGUCACAACCGAUGCAAUGCUUCAAUCCUCUGUAAGCAAAUACUCCAGCAGGGCAACAUAAAUGGGAUUUAUGUUUGUUCAGAUAUGAUGUUUUGUGAAUUGGCUGCUUCUUCCUGAGACACCAACACUGCCCUAUGUGUAUUUUUGUGUAGUUAAAUAACACCAUAGAUCAACUUCACUGAUGGACUAACAAAACUGUGGAUGGCAUUACAUGUAUCCAGACACUUUCAGUGCAGAAGCUGACUUUACUAUCGUACAUGCCAUACAUUGACCACUCUCAACUCAAGACUUGAGAGCUCAAUGUUAAAAUGAAAUAUACAGUAUGGACAAAAUGAUAUAGAUUUGAAAACUGAAAGGAAAGUAUUAAUAGUGUAUGGUCUUCAACACUCUCUUUAUGGUUUCCACUGUGAUUUUUUAACAAAUAAAGUUCAUUCUCAGGGGUGGAAGUAGUUCUUAGUUCAAACUAGUGUAUAAGUUGUGUAUCUUGAUUCAGGUAUUUCUAAAAAAUGAUGUAUACAGAAGAAAAGUACUAGAGUAGCUCUUUUGAUGGAAAACUGACCAGCACACAAACUCACUUAAUGUCUUCCCAACUAGUGCUUCUCAGUUUCUUCCAGGUGGGAACCUUCAUUUAUUUAUAAAAAUGAUUUAAGCACUAUUCAGAUACACUGCUUUACUUUUUAAUUGUAAUCCUUAUUAAUUCCUUUACACCCUUUGUCGUUCCUCCGAGCAUGUUCUCUAAUGUUGAUUUUAUGUACAUUGUGUUAUUUUACUAAUUCCCACUCCCAGAAUGUCUUUUAGGUGAAUGUGAACUUAAAAACCUGGAAAUGAAUUUGUAAGCUAAGCUACCCUGUGUUCAAUCAGGAAGUUGAUUGGACCCUUUAAUUAAAAUGCAAGAUGAACUCACUGCCAUGUGAACAACGUUACAUUUCAAGAUAGACUGCAUUUCUGUUUGUUAAUGUAUUUUUUUGAAAAGAUCAGGAUUUUGUAAUCUAACAAAUAAAUACUGCCAUGCUGUUCUUGUGUAAGAAAUCUGCCUGUUUCUGUGUUCAGGCAAAACAAGUGUAUAUUUGGUAACACAACAGUAGAAUACCACAAUGGAUGGAUUACUGAACGUAUCAGGUGGAGCACAGGUGAGCAGGUUUUAGGGCCAGAGCCUGUGUUUUUCUAAAUUUUGUGUUUUAAAUACUCACAAAAGGAAGUGACUACAAAGAUUUACGUAAUAACCACAGAGAGAUGCAAAAUGACGAGGCACAUAAAGCUGGCAAAAAGAUCAGGGGCACUAGAGAGCAAGCAAUGGAGUAAAACGUGUAUCGCUGAGCUCCUGCUCGCCCUUUGCUCAACAAUGGAAGCAAGGUUUUUUGUCAGUCUUUACUACACAGAGACAGUAAGAUAUUUACAUCAAAUGAAAGUGAUGUGCUUUUUUGUGCACUGUAAUUGCCACAUGGUUCAGGUUCAAGCUGAAAUGUCCACUACAGGAAGUAACGAUGAUACAGCGUAUUCUGCCCCUUCCACUGAGGCGACAGCAUUUGUGCAGUGUGUGCGUGCAUGUUGUUUUUUACGUUUGAAGAAGGUGUCCCAGUUAUUGUAAUUGUGUUGGAUUUGGCUGCAACGCUGUUUUCCCCCUGAGACUCCAGAAGUGAUUUGUGGAUUCAAAAACUUCACCAAUCUCCCAUCGCAUAGCGGUGAGUAGAUGAGUGAAUUUUUAUCUUUGGGUGGACUAUCUUGACUUUUGGACUUUUUUUAUGAGUCUUGUGACUGUUUUUAUUAAUUAAUUUAUAAUGUGUUGUUUUGUUGUUGCGUGUGUUUGAUGGUUUGUGGCGGAUUUUGCAUGUUUCUUGCUCUCAGGCCUCUUUUGGAAAAUAGAUAUUGAUCUCAAUGUGAC